UGGUAGAGCCAGGUGAAGACGCUUCUACCUUUUUCUUGCGACCAGUCAUCCUGCUGCUGGUGCUCGGGCGGCGAGUGUCUCUGCCAUGCUGCUGCCUCUGUUGUUGCUGCUGGCGGCGCCCGUCCGCGGGGUUGCCACGGCCAAAAAUGCCGACAAGGGUGCCAAGCAAAUGAGGGAGCAGGUGCCCUUAAAUUCGCCCAGCUACUCGCUCAUCCACAUGGACCUCAGCACCGGCACGGACAUAGGAGGAUGCUUCGAGCGAGUUGCCAUAGGAAGACGACUGGCCGAAGUUUCCAUUUCGGUGCCUUUGACCAUGCUGACUUCAUGCGAGAAAAAGUGCUACGAGAACAACGACUGCCGCGCCUUCAGUUUCGGAAUGGGCCGGCACGGUAACGGCACGUGCGAGAUGCAAGUGAGGAACUCAGCCGAAAAGGCCGAUCAGCGGCGGGGCAGACGGCCGCGCAAGCUGGAAACCACCCAGCAGCCUGAGGACCCCGACUACGACCUUUUCGAAAGGAAACCCGAGUGCGACACGCCGUCUGACUCGCAGCACCCACCUGGGGAAGGAGUAACGAUGGUCCCGCCUUUCCUUGGCAAUGUGGACAACAUGGGUCACGGCCAAGGCCACGAGGACAACAACAGGCCCGGACAGGGCGCACAAGCAGGCUGCUUCCGCCGUUUGUUUUCUGGCAAAAAGGUGGCCCCUCACUCGAUUAGACGUUCAAUGCCAGUUCGCUCAGUCCAGGAGUGUGAGCAUGCUUGUUUGGGAGAAAAACAAUUUUUGUGCGAAGGUUUCAAUUUAAGAGUUGACAACCACGGUUUCGGGCGCGGGAGUUGUGAGCUGACCGACGUGACCUCCAACAAACUCGGCGACAGUCUUUUGAAAAAUUUCGUUGACGACUACGAAUUCAGCUUCUACGAGAGACAGGGUGGCUCCCCGCAAUGCGGCCCAGCUUCCUCUUCGUCCCACGGUGGUGGCAACUCUUACUCUGGCACCGCAACGUUUGUGCCCUCUCAGGGUCCUCCUGGCGGAUACAACAAUGGCAACGGUUUCCCCCCGAAUCAACGCCCACCGUCGUAUCCGUUUGGGCAACCUCCUGGCAAACCGCAAGGUCCUUAUGGCAGACCAGGGCAGGGCAAUUAUGGUCCUGGACCUGGGUCAAAUAAUUUCGGACCGCGACCCCAAGGACCUGGACCAAAUAAUUACGGGCCUGGACCAAACAGUUUCGGACCUGGACCAAAUAAUAAUUUCGGGUCUGGACCUAACAGUUAUGGACCGGGACCUAACAAUUUCGGACCUGGACCAAACAGACCAGGACCCAGCAACUUUGGCCCGGGCCCAAAUAGCUACCUCCCUGGAAACAAUUUCGUUGAGAACCCCUACAGAAAUAGUGGUGGAGGUGGUAACUGGCAGCAAUUCUCUUCAUCAUCGUAUGGAAACAACCGGCCUCAUGAGCAGGGUCCAAUUAGUCCUGGAUCAAACUAUAACCAGGGGCAAGGAGGGUGGAACAAUAAUCAAAAUACUGUAGGUUUUUACGGGCCGGCUGGUAAUAACUAUGGAGGAAACGGAGGCAAUUUCAACAGACCGCUGCCUCCGCCACCACCUCCACCUGGCUAUGGUCCAAACAGGCCCCCUCCCAAUGGCCCACCAAUAAGUGGUCCUUGGAACUCUAAUGAUGACGAGUGUUUCGCGAGGGUUUGGAGCGGCCAGCGCCUUGACAAGCUGGCCAUCAGAGGUUCAUCCAGCCAUCCUUCGAUGGGAGGCUGCCAGCUCGAAUGCUUGCAAGCCAAAGACUUUGUAUGCCGCGCCUACAGCUAUCGCCACGGGCCCCCUGGAUCCCCUGGCGACUCGUGCAUUCUGUCCGACCGGCCGAUGCCAGAGUUACAUCCGCGAGAGGGCCUCGUGCCAGACAACGAUUUUGAAACCUAUGAGCGAAUCCUGAGCGGAAGAGGGUGCGAACACAUUGCCCCUUUCCCUUCGUCCACCCCUUGGCAAGUGCCAGUGCCCACCCCUGGAGAGUCUCCUAUAAAGGGCGGAAACGACAAUGACCCGCUGCCACCCCUGCUGGCUACGCAGCUGCCUGGAGUUCAGGACAGGCCAAAUUCGCUAUCGCAAACGGCACAAGAUUGUUACGCCGAAUACUGGCCAUCCGCGCGUCUCUCGCCUAACGUCGUCACGGUGGCCACACACGCGCCUACUCUGACCGAGUGCUUAUCAAGAUGUACCAAUUCGCAGCAAAAAUGGAAAACGCCAUGCCGAUCCCUGGCUUACAGACAUGGAGUUCAUGACCACAAUUGUCUUUUGAGCGAGCUUGCUCAGAGGGAUCUGCGACCAAACUCUGAUUUCGUGCACGAUGAAGACAAGUCCAUUGGAGAUGGCUGGCGAUUGAUGGCCUGGGACUGGUCGGACGAGCGCUGUCGAGUUCCAGGUUACGGAGGUUCGACCAGUUUGAAUACUUGGGAUGCAGAUAGGGACAAAAACAAUUGGAACCAGAGACCUGCAGGGGGCUAUGGCAGCACCGCGCCACCAUCCAGCUUCAGCACCAGUUUUGGCGGAGGAUCCGGCUACGGCGGCUCCAGUAUUCCCCCACCGCCACCCACCUACAGCACUGGUAGCAGCUACUUUGGCAGCAACCAACUUGGCGGCUCCGGCGGGGACGCAAUGGCGUUUACCGUCAGCGGCAAGCCAUGCGCGGCAGGGCACGUGUGCACCAUGAACCCUGGCGCGGAGUUCUGGUCGUGUCCCUUGGACUCAAACCACGGGAAGGACUGGGAUUACUGCUGCAGCCCCACCCACAGGUGCGGAUACUCGGAAGGAAUGCAAAUGCCAUGGUGUUACGUUGGACUGUCCAAGCUGCAGUGGAGACCUUGCAGCGAAAGGUAUUGGCCGUACCAAAACAGCAGAAUGGACGACCGGGAGGGACGUUUCCUGCCGGUUGCCUAUCUCCAUAAAUCAGGGCCGCCGGGCUCUGAGGAAUUGCAUACAAACAGAAACCAAACGACACUGAAUGCCUCUCACAGUGAUAACGUGACGUACGAAAGAAUAAAUGAGAGGUGGCCGCAACAAAAUGAAACGCUAAUUUCAUCGGCAACCAACAGCACAGAACAAACAUCAACCACGACAGCAAAGACAACUGAGGCCAACAAAGACCAAGAUGACUCCAUGGAAAUGAUUCCUGUUAAUUUGACAGUUGUAGAGGCUGAAAUUUAAGCAUAUUGCUUAUUGGACUCUUCAUUAGUGUAGUUUGUUUAAUUUUAAGAUAAAAUUGGAGAAACAUGUUCCAAAUUACUGCAAAUGUAAUUGCGAGCAUUUCUUAAAGAGGCGGUAGAAGGAUUCAACUUUCAAGCAAGAAAGUUCUCUCCAUCACAAUCUCUGUACAAACAUGCAAGAUGAAAGACUAGUUUCUCUUAUGUAUUUAUGACAAAAAUAAAUUUAUCCAAUAAGCUUG